UUCACUUUUGACAGAUCAUAGUCUGAGAAGAUGUCGGGAAAAGUCAGACAAAAAACGUCUGCUAACGCAGCUGAUUCCUCAACACAGAGUAUAAAUGAACGUAUUUUAAAAGAGUGCCAUGGCUUGUACACCGAUCCCGACAGUGGUCUUGUAAAGAUCGGAGAGAGCCUCAACCUGUCCCUCCUCACCCCCAGAAAGAAGAUCACCGUCCUCCUCAUUGGCAACCAUUCUGCAGGCAAAAGCUCAUUCAUUAAUUGGUACGUAGAAGAGCACAUUCAGAGGACUGGGGUUGCCAUAGAGACGCAAGGAUUUACAUUUGUCACAAGUGGCCGAAAGAGGGAGUCCCUAACUGGAAAUGCUACUCUUCACCUUUAUCCAGAUUUUGAGCCCCUUCGACAAAUUGAAGGUGUUACAGACUACCUCACCACUGAAAUCUCAACAUCGAAGCAGAAGAAGUUCAGCCUCGUCACAUUUGUGGAUACGCCUGGACUGGUGGAUGGGGACAUGAAGUAUCCAUUCGAUGUCAACAAGUCCAUCCUCUGGCUUGGAGACCUAGCAGACCUGAUAUUUGUUUUCUUCGACCCCAUUGGUCAGGCGUUGUGCAAGCGGACACUGAACAUUGUGGAGGCUCUGAGUGAGAAACAUGCGGAGCGGAUGAAGUUCUUCCUGAGCAAGGCUGACGAAGCUGGAAUGGAAAGUGACCGACAGCGGGUGAUGAUGCAGAUCGUGCAGGAGUUGUGCAAGCGCCCGGGACUCAACAGGACAGGCUUCGACAUGCCGACUAUAUAUGUCCCCUCUAUGAAUCAGAAGCAAUCACGAUGUGUGAACCAGAUAGAUGAGGUUUGUAAGGAGAUAGAGAAGACCAUCAACGGAACGAUACAGACGACCCUUAACUCACUGGAGCGGGACUGUGACAAUAUUGCCCAGAAGGUGGAACAAACUAUUGAAGAUGACAGAGUGACAUCAUCUCAAAAUUUAAAAUCUCGUGUACGUGGGGCGACAUACGGCUUCCUGGGGAUGUUGCUUCCGUUCGUGCUGUUGACCACCUUUCUCAUCAGCACUCAACAUAAGGCACUCAAGACCAUCCUCGGCCAGGACCUUGUGGACACACUUACUAUCUACCUGGGUCCGCUGUCGAAAGCAUGGAACUCCAUACCUAAAGACUACACGAUGUACGUGCUGGCAGCCAUCCUCGGCCUUGCUCUCUUCAUGCUUCUAAUAGCUAAGUUUGUCUCUAGGACAAAGCCCACCAUGUCUCGCAAGCAGCGGCGUUCCUUGCUGGAAAUGAAAGAUUAUGUGCAAAGUGUUGUAAAAACUAAAAAGCAAACCCUGUACUCAGACUACCUGAAGCAGAGUGUUGCAGAACAGGACUUGUAACCAUGGUAACCAAGACUGUCGUCAACCAUUUCCAUGAAGGACCACAGACUUUAUUGUACCAAAUUUGCCUAAAAUACCACAACGAACCAAGAUAGUGCUAGUGGUUGUCUCAGAAAUGUUCUGGGUGUUUUCUCCACUUCAUGUUAGAAAAGCAUGCAUGAACAAACUUGGGACAAAGUUUAUGUGAUGCUUGGAGUGAAUGUUAAAUAGUCAUUCUUAGAAACUCAUUUGUCUUUUAUGAUAUUUUUAGUUGAUUCAAUCAUAUUUUUGGUGAAAGUAUUAUAGUUUCUCAAUGACUUUUCAAUUAUAUGGUAUUAUCAAUGCUCAUGUUUUUUGGUGCAGGUAGAUUUACAAUGAAUGUUGUUCAAACAAGGUAUCUGGUAGUUUAGUUUUAGUUAAUGCUGCCUAGAAAAAGGGGGUUAUCUUAUUGAGCCAUGUAUCAUAUGAUCACUUUUGUCAAAUCAAUCUAUACGAGUUGGAAUCUUUUUCGAAAAUAACGACUAUUGGUUAGUUUAAGCAAACUGUAUAAUGAUAUGUGAAAGUAAGUAAAACUUUCAAUCUAAAUUGUGACCCUCACUAAAUAAUUAACAGAACAUAAUUAUAUCUUCCGAUAUUUUGAUGUCCAGUCAUUGAUAGGAUGACCCCCAACAGUUAUGUUGCAAAUGAAUAAUGAAAAUGUAGAACAAGGGAGCUUUGGUAGAAAAUGGUUGUCAAUCGUUUUGUUUUUCCUUUCAUUUUUUGAAAGAUGAAAAUGCCAUUAUGUUUCAUAAAAAGAUCAUCCAACUCAUUACUCAAUAUCUUUCUUCAUAUUUAAUUUGAUCAUGUCUCAUUAAAUUAUGUGUUCAUUUUUAAUCCGGUUGAUUGCAUUUUAGAAUAUGUCUCUGCAUCAAUAAGGCACUUUAUCUCAUAUUGUGUUUAUUUCAUGGGCUUGAUGAAAAAUCAUGAUGUUAAAGUAUUUCUGACUUAAAUGACUUUAUAAAAUUUCUUCGAAAAAAAUGAUGCAAAAAAUCUUUAUUGUAAUCAACAUCUUCAAAAUGAGCAUUUUGAUUGAUUUUGUUUGUGUGAAUAUUAUUUGGGACCAAAGAACGAACAAUGUUAUAACAUGUAAUUUAUAAUAUUACAUGGGGCUUAUAGUCAUGUAAUGUGUUAGUGUUUCCGGUGAAAUGUGCCUUAGUAAUGUAUCCCUACCAAAAUGAUGAAAAAUACUAGCAGAAAAGAAUACUUUCUAAAUCUUUCUAAAAUGGCCUGAAUAAAGUUCAUGAUUUUGAGUGCACUACUCAAUUUUUGUAACAUAUCAAUGCACACUUGAAGGGUCUUCUUACUAAACCUUUUUCAAUUUUCAGAAUAAAAUUCAAUUAAACAAUCGUAACUGAAGCUUUUUCAGUAACAGUAUGUUUCGACAGCCAGUAUGUUUUGGACUGCCAGUAUGUUUUGGACUUCACAGUAACUUUAUUCCUUUAGUUUAUUUCCAGCAUGGUCUAUGUAAUGAUACUGGAUAAACCUACCAUUAUUAAUGUCUACCAUCUGGGAAAUUGAUCGGUGCUGAUAUUUUUUUAAAAAUAUGCUACUGUGUGACAUGGAAUAAAAUCAAGUGAACUUGCCAGUCCAUCAAAAUAUAUUGUUUUGUUGUGUACUUAGUCAUGUUAGUGUUCAUUUGAGUAUUGUUGGUUGUAUUUGUAUAGCCCAAGCAGGUUUUAUGAAUGAACUUACUGCUAAUAGAACAAUGAAUCCCAAAACCCUUUCCUGAAAACAGAAUUGUUUGUUUUCAGUAAACCACCAAAAUUCUCGUUUUAUGUGUCAAGCUUUAAAGGUACUUGUUAAUGUUUUAUAGUCAGCCAUCAAAAAAAGAAAAGAAAUGAGAACAGAAUGCUGGUAACAAAGAUGAAACAUCAACUUUAAAUAAGGGUUCUCUCUAUUGUUAACAUUUAUUUAAAAAACAUGAAAGAUAAGCUUUACCUUAAGCUUGGAAUUACCAAAUUAUCUUCAAACAAGUAUCUUGAACCUGCUGUUUUGGUGUUUAAUUGAAUCAAGUACUAGAACUGAUUUUGAACAAGUACAAAAGGAGUUUCCAACAUGUUUAUGUGUGAAUGAGUCCUUUUAAUGUGAAUUGACAAAAGAAUAGAUUCAGUGAUUGAUAAAUGCAACACGAAACUUGAACAACAAGUGAUCUGUAGUAGGUCCAUUCAUGAAGCGUGACUUGUUUUACUGUUAGUCUAGUUAGAUGUAUAUUUCAAUGAAAUGGCAGCUACUUGUAUGUUUUAUUGAUGACACCAUUUAUGUAUGUUAGUCAAAUAUUGUUGUGUCCUUAAUACUAAAACUAUGACUAAAUUGUAGACAAAUACCAUUCAGAAUAUUUGCUUUUUGUUUUUAAAAUGUUCAUUGUAAUUAGUUUUCCAAAAAUGUUCUCUUCACUUUGAUGAUAUAAUUUAAUUCAUGACGAUAAAUUUAGAUCUAAUUUUAUCAGUAUGAUUUCGAAACAAAUAAAUGAUAACUGUAUGUUCUAUUCAUAGUCACGAGUCAUUAUCAUCAUCAUUUCAUUAUCCUAUACAUGUCCCUGUUAUGACUGGUUGCAAUAUGGACAAGGCAGCAAAUAAAUUGUACGUAUUAAACUUG